CCGAAAAGCCUUAGAAUCAGAACUGCCAUGGCACGCGCACUUGUGAUCAUCGCGGCAAUCGUGUUCGUCGGCGCCGCCGCCGGUGCCAACACCAAGGACAACACCGCCAUCGAGGUGCUCAAGCACGUCUACCAUGAGUGCGUGCAGUACGGAUCGCUGUCCUGCGUCAAGCCCAAGCUGCUGGCGUUCAUCAGCACGGCCGUCAAGCACGACAGCAUCCCCGUCACCAAGGACAUGGUCAUCGUCCGUCGCGACGGUGAACCCACCCCUACCGGUUCCCAGCUGCAGGCUGACCUGGACGAGCUGCCCCUGAACGCCGAGGAGCGCAAAGAAGCCCUGAGGGCCGUCGCCCUGGACCGCAUCGACGACUUCAUCGCCACCCACGACCUCAAGAUCCGCGUGCCCAAGGAAAUCGUCGGUCUGGCCAGCUACGUGCCCAAGUCCCUCAUCGACAUCCCCGCCGAGGUCACCGUGCCCCUGAGCAACGGACCUGCUCCCCAGGGACGUGGAUUUGUUAAGAAGGUGGUCAUUCCCUUCUUGCUCGGCUUGAAAUUCAAAGUCACCGCCCUGAUGCCCCUGGCCCUCGCCCUGAUCGCCCUCAAGACCUGGAAGGCCCUGACCCUGGGUCUGCUCUCCUUGGUCCUCUCCGCCGCCAUGGUCGUCUUCAAGUUCACCAAGCCCAAGGUGAUCAACUACGAUGUUUACCACUACCCCCAGCCCCACCUGAGCUACGAGCACCACCCCGUCCCCGAGCACCACGGCUGGGGCCGCGAGUUGCCCUACCAGGGAUGGACUCAGGAAUCAACAAUGGUGUUCGCCAAGUGCCUAAUCGUCGCCUGCCUGGCUUUCGGCGCCCUCGCCGUGCCGCUCAACGAGGAGGAGGACUUCCUUUCCGGACUGCAGAAGUAUGUCAAGGAAAGCGACGUCGAGGUCACCGUCCCCGAGGGCAUGAGCAUCCUCUCCGGCACCCAGUUCUCCUUCUCCCCCAGGAACAUCGACCAGGACGAGCUCUCCAUGACCGUCAAGCUGCCCGCCUCCGCUGAAGCCAAGUCCGUCGGCGAAGCUCGCAAGGGCAAGCUGAAGAAGAUCAUCAUCCCCAUCCUCGUCUUCGUCCUCCUGAAGGCUAUGACCCUGGUGCCCCUGGCCAUCGGCGUGCUCGGUCUGAAGGCCUGGAACGCCCUGCAGCUCAGCUUCUUCUCGUUCGUCAUCUCCGUGGCUCUUGCCAUCUUCCAGCUGUGCAAGAAGAUCGCCGCUGACGCCUCGCAGACCCAGGCUCACUACGCCACCUACGACGCCUACAACGCUCACUACGCCCGCAACCUCGAAGCUCAGGACCUCGCCUACCCCGCCCACAAGCAGGAAUAAGAUGGUCCAGCGUGGCUGAUUAAUUUAUUAAAUUAUUAUUAAGUAUUUAAAUCGAUUAUUGGCGGACACCGUGACGUGAUGACUCAGGACCAAGACGCGAGAACUCCUCUAGUCUGUGACCUCAACCCUCUGUGCUUCCCCCAGCUUGCUCCUCGGGUGCAACGACCUUCUCCCCUCUCCACUGUCUGUCCUCUUCAACGCAACUCUACACUCCAUCGACGAUUUCCUUCCGCUUCUACUUCCGACACACCGACCAAAUGACUGGAGACCAAAAAUUAAUUUGUUAAAUUUAUAUUUACGUUGAGCAAUAAAUGAUUUAAGUGAA